GCCAUCUUGGAUGCCGCUGAGGCCGUGUCGGCGCUAAGCGAAAAGUGGGGGGGGGGGGAGGGUGUGGAAAGGCGGCAGCGGUGACCCCCCCCGCGAGUCCCGACGUUAUCGCGAUAUUAUCGCGAUAUUAUCGCGAUAUUUUCGCCAUUCCCCGGCCGACCGGGCGCGCCUGGGCCGCCUCGCGAGCCUCCGGCGCCCCCCGAGGGGAUGCCGAGAGCUCCCCAAAAUGGCCGACAAGAGGAAGCUGCAAGGUGAGAUUGACAGGUGCCUCAAGAAGGUGUCGGAGGGGGUGGAGCAGUUCGAGGACAUUUGGCAAAAGCUCCACAACGCCGCCAACGCCAACCAGAAGGAGAAAUACGAGGCCGACCUGAAAAAAGAGAUCAAGAAACUGCAGAGGCUGCGGGAUCAGAUCAAGACAUGGGUGGCAUCCAACGAGAUCAAGGACAAGCGGCAGCUCAUCGAGAACCGCAAACUCAUCGAGACGCAAAUGGAGAGGUUCAAGGUGGUGGAGAGGGAAACGAAGACCAAAGCUUACAGCAAGGAGGGGCUGGGGCUGGCCCAGAAAAUCGACCCCGCACAGAAGGAGAAGGAGGAGGUUGGGCAGUGGCUCACGAACACGAUCGACACGCUCAACAUGCAGGUGGAUCAGUUCGAGAGCGAGGUGGAGUCGCUGUCGGUGCAGACGCGCAAGAAAAAGGGGGACAAGGAUGUGAGAGGCCCCAAAAUCAGCCCAAAAUCAGCCAAAAAUCGACCCGAAAUCAGUCCGAAAUCAGCCCCAAAAUCAGCCCCAAAAUCAGCCCCAAAAUCAGCCCAAAAUCAGCCCAAAAUCGACCCGAAAUCAGCACAAAAUCGACCCGAAAUCAGCCCCAAAAUCAGUCCAAAAUCAGCCCAAAAUCAGCCAGAAAUCAGCCAAAAAUCAGCCAGAAAUCAACCCAAAAUCAGCCCAAAAUCGACCCGAAAUCAGCCCCAAAAUCGACCCAAAAUCAGCCCCGAAAUCAACCCGAAAUCAGCCCCAAAAUCAGCACAAAAUCGACCCAAAAUCAGCCCAAAAUCGACCCGAAAUCAGCCAGAAAUCAGCCAAAAAUCAGCCCAAAAUCAGCCCAAAAUCGACCCAAAAUCAGCCAAAAAUCAGCCCCAAAAUCAGCCCCAAAAUCAGCCCCAAAUCAGCCCCAAAUCAGCCCCAAAUCAGCCCCAAAUCAGUCCAAAAUCAGCCAAAAAUCAGCCCCAAAAUCAGCCCCAAAAUCAGCCCCAAAAUCAGCCCCAAAUCAGCCCCAAAUCAGCCCCAAAUCAGUCCAAAAUCAGCCAAAAAUCAGCCCCAAAAUCAGGCCCAAAAUCAACCCAAAAUCAGCCCCCAAAUCAGCCAAAAAUCAGCCCAAAAUCGACCCAAAACCGACCCGAAAUCAGCCCAAAAUCAGCCAGAAAUCGACCCGAAAUCAGCCCCAAAAUCAGCCAGAAAUCAGCCUCAAAAUCAGUCCAAAAUCAGCCAAAAAUCAGUCCAAAAUCAGUCCAAAAUCAGCCCCAAAAUCAGCCCGAAAUCAGCCCAAAAUCAGGCCGGGGUCAGAUCAACCCCAAAACUGGGAUUGCAGGGGUCCCUCCCCCCAGAAUUCUGGGGGGUCUCUGCCCCAAAAUUGAGGGCGUCCCUUCCCCAAAUCCGGGGGUCUCCUCGCCAUGUCCGGAGCUCUCCGCCCCCCAGAUUUAG